AGGUGCCCGUAUGUUUCCUCCUUUUUUUUUGUUAUGCUAUGCGCCAGAGCAGGGAAUUCUAAUUUUGCAGAAACUUCGGAAGAUCUCGGUGCCCUUGGUGAUUACAGUGCUUACAGAGAGUGGUCGAAAAGCACUGCCAGCGCUGCGGCAGUGCUCGCUCUGCUAGCACAUACAAAUCAGGCAUGCAAACUGGGCGUAUUCGCAUGCCAUACAGCAGGUAAAUUGUCAACAAUCGCUAAUUUCUUUUUCCUAGCUGAAGGCGUACCAUGGAAAUGCUGGCAUUACUUUCACGAAUAUGUACUAUCCAGGGGUUCCGCAGAAUGCCCUUGCGAUAUAAGCUUGUAAAGUAAAAGAAAAAUGAGAAAGCAAGCGCUCUCUGUCGUUGCUGGCUGUUGCGCUGCUGCAGCUGUCCAGACGCAAGCUUGCGGCAGCGGGGUUCCAAGCAAGAUGCUAGGCCCAGGGCUCAUCCUUCUCUAAGUAACCCGUCUAUAGUUAUCCUACGAAAAUUCGUGCUUAUAUUAGGGCAAACGUGUUGCGUGCUGAACAGCAGCGUCUCAAAUAAUUGCUUACAAGGAGCAAUUUGUGCGUCGAUAGCUAGCGCCACCUGCAAAGCGAUAACUCUUUUCCGAGACCUUGCAUUUCUCGGUCUGUUCCCGUAGAAAGUUGUCGGCCAUUUUGAUCAUUGCUGUCGUGUCAGGGUUUAAUUUUACUUCCCCAGCGCGAAACCCGAGCUCUGAGCACUCCGAAAUGGAAGAAACGGCACUGAAGUUUGGUCCCGAGUGGAUCCGCGCACUAACGCAAACGAACGGGGUGGCUGCUCCGGCCCCGUCGACCGCAGUAACAAAGUACAAGCUUGCAAACUACCGAUACGGCAGGGAAGAGAUGCUGGCAAUGUUUGAUCAAAACGUGCCCAUGCCGGAUUCACUUCGGGAAUUCCAGCAGCUGGCCGUGGAGAACACGCAGCCGCCUCUGGCUCUGGUCACCAUGACGGAGGAAGAGCAGCGCGUCUGGGCGCGAUCCGUGAACAGUGACGCAGUGCUUCGGCUAACAGUGGGCAAAGGCGCAGUGCCCGGUGCGGGUCCCGGUCGAGGCGCCCGAGGAGGGUCCGUCGACCGGGGUCGCGGCCGAGGUCGUGGCAGCGGCUACCAGAGAGGUAUCGGCGAGGACGAAAGCCAGUUCGGCGCCUUCAUCCGCCCGAGGCCCUUCGAGCGCAGCCACAGCCUCAGCGAGCGAGACCAGCGCUGGGACGAGCGAGACAAGAAGCCCGACCGGCCGUUCGUGGGCCGCACCAGCUACGACGGGGACACGUUCAGGAAAGAAAAUGCGCCAGCCGGCAGUGGAGGCGGCGGCUCUGCUGCGGGCACGGCGGCAAGCGCCAGCAGGGCGACCAACGACAACUGGCGCGCCGCUUCGGGCGGCCACGCCGAGGACGACGACAACUGGCGCAGUAGCGGCCGGGCCCCGACCGAGAAGUGGAAGUCGUGGCGAAACCACAGCAAGGGUGACGGCGACGCCGACGACGUGCUGCCGCCCGCAGUCGCCAACGGGCCCCUUAAGAAGGAUCUCGGUCGCCAUUGGCUCGAGGAACACGGCAGCGGCGGCAGCCACUCCUCCGAACAGUUGCCGGAGUGGAUUCAGGACCAGGGAGACACAGAGAAGGUGGGCUGCUUCGACGCGAAAGGUGCUUUUGUUGACACCAAAGACAGCGAGGAAGAAUCGUGGGAGAACGACGUACUGCCCGCUCGAACGCCACAGCCGCCGGAUGCGCGGGCGCUUCCUAAACGCGAACAGAAGCGAUCCCAAGAACCGCCCCCCGGCGUCAGUCGUUCGAGUGAGCCUUCAGUGGAGAAGCCUAAAUCGCCGCCUGCUCCCGUGCCUGUGCCGUCACAGCCCCAAAAAACUGAAAGCUCGCCACCUAGAAGCCCCCCGAAACCAAUCCCUCCCGCUCCAACGUUGCACGCGAUUGCACCGGUGGAAAUGAAAGCCACUGUGGACGACACGGCGAAGGUGGUUUCCACGUCACCAAAAGAUGACAGUUUUGCACACCUUGCAAAGGCAGCAGAAAACAUGAUGGCAGAAUGGACCGCAGAAGAAGAAAAAAAGUUUGUCUCACAGUCGGUAGCUGGGGAACACAACCUGCCAGAACAUUUGUACAGGUGGUUAUAUAAAGACCCUCAAGGUGACAUUCAAGGGCCAUUUUCAUCUGCAGAAAUGAUGGAAUGGUUCCAGGCCGGGUAUUUCACCAUGGACUUGAUGGUCAAGAGGGUAUGUGAUGCAGCUUUUUCAAAGCUUGGAACACUGAUCAAAAGCUGGAAUGUUGUACCUUUUGUUGCCACCCAGCAACCACCGCCACUCAAAGUUCCACUUGGCGCAGAACUUGGUGUGCCUUCUGGCAUGGGCCUUGGAGGUCUCCCCCCCCACCCAGGGCUACCCAACUUGCCUCCAGGUCAAAUGAAUUACGCACUUCAGCAACAGUACAUGCAGGAGGUUUAUAGAGUAGCCGCCAUGCAGCAGAUACAAAACAGUCUGAAGACAAACGAGGCAUUUGCCAACCUUUCUCCGGUGGACCAGAACAGAAUCUGCUUGCAGUACUACAUGGCCAGCCACUCGUUGUCUCGACCUGCUGGCUUUGGUGACCAGACACCUCUCAUGAACUUGCUAAGCUCUAUGGGACCACCUCCAGUGUUUGGGCUGCCUCCGUCACUCAUGAAAGAGCCCCAGACUGAAGCAAGCUGGCCGCCACAGCCAGUGACUACAGCUUCUGCAACUCCCACACCAGAGUCGAGGGGAACGAGUGUUUGGGACGCGGACUCGAGCAUAGUGUCAGCAUCCCUGGCCAUGCCAGCAGCGCCCAGCAGGAACAUCAUGGAGACCCUGUGGCAACAGCAGCAGCUGGCCUCACAAAGCCUUUUGGCUGAGCAGAUGAGGGCCAAGGAGGAAGAGGAGCGGCGAGCCCAGGAGUUGCAGAAGCAGGCACGGCUGGAGGAAGAGCGGCGGUUGCUGGAGGAACGGCGACUCUUGGAGGAGCGCCGUAAGGAAGAAGAGGAGCAGAACAGGCGGCAGCAGGAGGCGGAGGCACUGAGAAGGAAGGAGGAAGAGGAAAGGCUAAAAAGGGAGGAGGAAGAACUUCGCAAAAGGCUAGAGGAGGAGGAGCAUCAGAGAAAGCUUGAAGAGCAGAAGAGAAAGCUUGAGGAGCAGAAGCGAAAGCUCGAGGAGCAGAAGAGAAAGAUCGAGGAGCAGAAGAGGAAAGAAGAACAGCGCCAACUGGAGGAAGAAAUGAUGCGGCAACAGCGGAUAGAGGAAGAGAGGAGGAGAGCGCUAGAAGCAGAAAAGCGGAAGGAGGAAGAGAGGAAAGCUGAGGAGGCUAGAAAAGUGGCUGAGGAGAAAAAGCGGCAAGAAAAGGCCAAGCAAGCUGCAGCGGCAGCUGCUGUCGUUGCUCAAGCAGCAGCAGUGGUUGCAGCUCACUCCGCACCACCUGUGAAGAAGAGCCCCAGCAAGGUGUCAGUCAUAGAUGCUGAUGAGUUCAUGGCCCUCAAACAGCCUCCCAAGCCGCAGCCAAAGGUGGAGCCACCCAAGCUAGAAAAGCCACAAGGUCCUGUGUGGGGCGGAAAGGCGAGCCAACCAGCAUCAUCGUCUGCUCUUUCGCUUGCUGAGAUUCAGCGGGUGCAGGAGGAGAAAGAGAGGAACUUGGCAGCCGAGCGGCUUCAGCAGCAACGCAAGCAGCAGCAAGCUAUGCAGCAGGCCGUGCUGCUGCAACAGCAGCAGCAACAGCAGCAGCAGCACAAAGCAACGCUCACAUGGGCAUCUCGGGCGCAGGCCCCUUCGUCAGGGUCUGUGAAGUCCUUGUCCGAGAUUCAGCAAGAGGAGGCUGAGCGGGUGGACAAAAUGAAGAAAGCGCAGCAGCAGCAGCGGCAGCAGCAGCAGGUAAUGCGGCAACAGGAAAGCAGCAUCCUGCAACUUGCAGGUGCUUGGGGAAGCACCAGCAACAACCUGUUGAAAUCAUUCAACAACAGCUUUCAGUAUCUCGACCUCCUUCCUGACGAAGACCCUUCGAGAGGCUUCUGGGACGAGGCUGCUACUACUGCACCGACUGCAGCAAAGCCAGCGCCAAAGCAGGCGGCAAAGCCCGGGUCCAGCUUUCCAUCACUUGGAGGAGGCACUUCGUCGUCGUCAUCCACUGGGCGAAGCUCCAAGGGCCAGCAAAGCAAGAGAGCUGAAGAGCAAGUGAUGAAGCUGUUCGAGGAGCAUGCUAAAGCAGCGCCAACAGACGAGCUGACGGCGUGGUGCGUGCAGAGGCUUGGCGGCAUCCAGUCGUAUUUGGACAUUCCUACUGUGGUGGCCAUACUCAAGGACGUUGAGUCUCCGGCCGAGGUUCAGGAGUAUGUGCACAAUUUCUUCGGCAACAGCCAGGACACGACGGACUUUGUGCGCCAGUUCCUCCAGAAACGGGAGCAGUACCAGAAGACUGGCUCUGCGCUCAAGUCCGACGAAGCAUUCACUGUGCCAAUUGUGAGCUCAACUUCUAGUGCGAUGGGGACUGCAGCAGCCGCCACUGCCGUCUCAAGUGACGGGUUCACGGCUGCACGCUCCAAGAAGAAGAAGAAGAAGAUGCAGAAGGUGGACAGCUCUCUGCUGGGUUUCACAGUGCAAGCCGACCCCACGCGGCUCAACGCAGGUGAAAUCGAUCGUGUUGAAGGAUUGUAAAAAAUGUGGCUUUGCUUCGUAUGUGACACAGGCACUCACAGUUUGCCAUAAACGAAAGAAAAAUGGGCAGAAAUACGGAUGUUUUGUAAAUACAAAGAGGCAUUUUCAAUUAUUUAUUAAAAGAAAGAACGAGAGGGGAGUGAGAGAACGGUAGCAUCUCAACCUGGCUUGCUCCUGUUUCCCACUUUUUUCUUUUAAGGCCGCAUGUGCUGUGAAUGAGCAUAGUGAUUGCUUUUUGUCUUCGUUCCUUUUUUUUUUUCUUUAACCCUUGCUCAUGCUGCUGUGGCUUGUAACCAGCACUCAAGUUCAAAGCUUUAGUACGAAUCAUUUUAUUUGUGCUGCUGCUGUAGUCACUUCUUCCAAGGCUGUGCAGAAAACUGGUUUUUACGUCACAAUGCUUGUCGCUAUAACACCAAUUUUACGUGUGCUCAGAUCUAUAGUUUCUAGGUCUAUGUUUAAGAAUCUGUACAACUGUCUCAGUUCUCUACACUGCUUUAUUUUUCGUCGUACUUAACAUGAAAUUGAUUUAGUGCGUUUUACUGUGAUUCGCUAUACUGUUCUUUUUUUUUGAUGUGCCAAGAUCUUGCAUGUCUCUGUUAUGCCACACGAAGAAACAUGCUCUCGUUUGUCUUUGUGAAAGUGUAGAAGUUGUGUUCUCAUCCGGUGGCACCAACAACUUUGUCUUAACUCACGUGUAGGUCAAUAAGCAUGUAGCACUCAUUUCUUUUAUGCGCUAUGCUUUUGCAAGGUGCUGUGAACGAGAAUGUAUUUUUUUUUAACUGGAUAUGAACAUUGAGUGAGUAGUAAGAAUGAAUGAAGGCAGCAUAGCUUUGCGCUUUCCUUAUUCAGUAAUCUGGACAAAGUGCCGACUGGACUAGUGCCCUUUGAAAGCGUGUUGCUGCCUUUUUGUUUUUCUUUUUAAUCUCCUACAGGAGAAGAACGCAUUUUUAUACUCCAACGUGAAAACAGUUUCCAUUAUUUGUGUUUUCGUUUUUAUUUGCGGCAAGGUUGCCAGCUUGCUUAACGGAAGGACGGGGGCGAGAGGCGAACGCUUUUUGUCUGGCGUGCCAUUUUAUUAAUUAGCCUUGCAGGGGCAUGCGCACUUAUUCGUACACAUGCAGAAGGAAUUUCGCUAGAAGACCAGCGUCUCGUUUGCUCUGUUUCUUCUGUUGUUCAUUAUUAUCUUUUAAUAUAUAUGCUCUUUUCUUUUCCUUUGAGGCUGCCUCAUUGCCUCAACCACUAACGAAGCUGUCGUGCUCCUCCGCUGUACGAAAAACCUCCUCAGAACCGAACACUCCCCCGCAUAGCCACUGUUUCCCCUCUCUGCCACCAGUUGUCCAGCAUGUUGUCUUGUGACCCAUUGUCUCGCUCUGCGUGCAUGUCUCGUUGGAAAGGGAAGAAAAAAAAAAAAAAAGUGGCGCGCCACCGUUGAAUGCAAUACACCGCUCUGUACAUACCGUCUCAGCGAGUGCCUUAAGACCUGGUGUGUGUACACAGCUCUGUUCUACUACUGUGUAAUUUUUUGUAAGAUAUGACGUGUUGUGUGACUGCAUCACUGUACAAUGACAAGCGAAAAGAAAAUGAAACAACAAAAAAAGAAAUGCCUGCUCGAAAUAAACCAUAUUGGUUUUCAAGCCAG